AGUUGUGAAAACCAGCAAAAAAACAUACAAAAUGAAGAGUGAAACUGUAGCAAUAACGCCAAACGCCAAUUCCACACCUACGCCAACAUCUCCAAGCGAAAUACAAACAACAACCAAAGACACGACAGCAACACGCCCAAAACUUGAAGGUUAUGAGUUUUACCGCAAAGUCCUUGGAUCACCUCAAUAUGUGGUGGCGCCCAUGGUGGAUCAAAGUGAAUUGGCUUGGCGUAUGUUUUGCCGCAAAUAUGGCGCCCAAUUGUGCUACUCACCCAUGUUUCACAGCAAUUUGUUUGCCAAGGAUCCCAAAUAUCGCAAGGAUGCAUUACAAACAUGCGCCGAUGAUCGACCAUUAAUCAUGCAGUUCUGUGGCAACGAUGCGCCGACGCUGCUGGAGGCCGCACUUUUAGCACAGGACUAUUGUGAUGCUGUUGACAUCAACUUAGGUUGCCCCCAGGCGAUUGCUAAGCGCGGCCAUUACGGCGCAUUUUUGCAAGACGAGUGGGAGUUAUUGGCUGAAAUCGUACACACACUGCACACGAAACUCGCUGUGCCGGUCACAUGUAAAAUUCGUGUUUUCGAAGAUCGGCAACGUACAAUUGCGUAUGCAAAAAUGCUAGAAGCUGCGGGUUGUCAGCUACUUACAGUGCAUGGGCGUACGCGCGAGCAAAAGGGACCGCUGACAGGUGUCGCCGAUUGGAGUUACAUCAAGGAAGUGAGACAAAAUAUAAAAAUUCCCAUGUUCGCGAAUGGUAAUAUUCUUGGCUUGGAGGAUAUUAAACGUUGCAUGGCGGAAACGGGCGUGGAUGGCGUAAUGACCGCGGAAGGAAAUCUACAUAAUCCAGCCAUAUUCACUGGAGAGCCCGUAAAAACUUGGGACAUGGCAAAGGAGUAUUUAGAUUUUGUCCAGCAAUAUCCCUGCCCUACAUCCUAUAUACGUGGACACUUAUUCAAAAUUUUCCACCAUCUAAUGAACUUGCGUCCGAAUACCGAGUUGCGUGAAGAAUUGGCUGUAUCAAAUAAGCUGGACCACUUUCGUAUUGUUGUUGAGAAAAUUAAGUGCAAAUAUGAGCCCUACCAUGAAGGCAUGGCGGUGUAUGAUGCUGAGGAGGUGGAUCCCAGUGUUUUGGUCGUUGAACAAGGUUGGAAUUUAUCCUUGCCGCCGUGGCUUUGCCAACCCUACAUACGUGUGCCUCCCGAGACGCAUAAACAAAUUAUAGCUGAGAAAGUACGUCUCGCUGAAGACCGGCCGAAACGUCAGUUUUUCGACACCGACGGCAAUGAGAUAUCACGCAAGCGCAUGAAGAAGUUACGCCGUCGUCUGCGACGUCCCAAUAAAUCGGAGGGUAGACAUGAACGCAGCUUGGAAUGCUGUGAUCAGUGUGCCAACCCGGUUGGUAUUAAAUGUGAAUUCCGUUUGUGCCGCACUUGCUGUCGUGAAAAAUGCUAUACCGAAGAUCGCGAUUGUCCUGGACACGGCAUAUUGAUUAAAUCGCGCCGUGAGAAAGCUAAACAAUUUGAAGACCAGGAAGCGAACAAGCAUGACUCCGGCGUAUCUGAUGAUGUGGAAGAUGUGAGCGUUGGAUAUGGCGUCAAUGCAGAUACGAUAAUGGAUUCACACGACAUGGAGACAAAUACUGUACUCAGUGGGAAUAGUUGAUUUUUAAUUAUGAAACUGUACUUACAAUUAGCUAAUUUUGUUACAUACAUUUAUGUAGCUCAUUUAAAAAAAUUAAAUAUUUCUGUAAUAAAUAUUUCUCUA